GCAGGCGCCGGGGACCGGUCACUGGAGGGAGCCGGGCUCCUGGACUGACUGGCGCUGCCCUGACCCAUGGACGCCUCCUCUAGCCCGUGGAAUCCCACCCCGGCUCCCGUCAGCAGUCCUUCCCUGCUGCUCCCCAUCCCUGCCAUCGUGUUCAUCGCUGUGGGCAUCUAUUUGUUGCUGCUCGGCGUAGUGCUGCUGACUAGGCACUGCCUACUGGCCCAGGGUGGCUGCACCGACUGCAGCUCCCCCUGCAGGAAGCAAGGUGCCUCCAGGCCCCAGGACUGUUGCUGGACCUGUGCAGAAGCCUGCGACUUCCCUCUGCCUAGCCCAGCCCACUGCCUGGACGCCUGCUGCCCCCAGCCCACAGAAGCGGGUUGGGCCCCUAGCUGUCCCCGCUGCUGUCCGCUCUGUGACUGUGCCUGUGCUUGCCAGCCUCCCGACUGCCAGAGCCUCAACUGUCUCUGCUUCCAGAUCAAGCUCCGAUGAGGCCCCGGAGUCCCUGCCCCUUGGGGAGUGGCCAGCCCCCGGGGCCCACAUGCCCCGCUCCCUGCCCCGCUCCCUGACGGGGCCUCUAGGCCCCUGGAACCACAAAUGGCCUGCCCAGCUCAUCGGCCUGGGAACCAGCGGCGGAGAGCCUGGCUCCCUGCAGAGCAGGACUCAGAGAGCCCCUGGCCAUUUGGACUGCAGCCCCUUUGGAGGGCCAGGAGGGAGAGGGGCUAGUGCUCUGGCAGGUCACCCUGCCCACCUCUCCCUCUUGCCACAUAAACUAUUAUAAUUGAAGGUGAGGGUGGGAGACACUGCUCACCACAGACCACCUCAUGGGACGAACUUGGGCCUGGAGUAUCAGGAUAUAGGGGUACCACAGCCACACAGUGUCCAUGGACUCUCGGUUAUCUUGAGAUUCUUGUGCGAAGACUGAUUUCUCUUGACAACCUCUGAGGGCUUCAGACUGGAUUUCCAAGGAAAUGUCCUCCAAAGUACCGG